AUGGCUUUGGCCCGCCAGCUGCGGCGAAGCCUGGCAGGGCUGGGUGCAUACUCCUUGUGCCUCCUGGGCAUUCUGCUCGGUCCUUCUGGACAUCUUGGCGGAAUGUUUGGGCCCUUCAUUGCUGUGGUCUCGAUCACUCUGGUCUGCGCAAGCGGAGUCUAUGUCGUUCACAUCAUGAGCAAGACAUUCUCCUCGCAAGAAAGUGCAGGUCAGCAUGUGGUUCUGGCCUUCGUUUGGCUGAUAGUCUUGGCCGUGAUGCUCGCAGUGGGCAUGGGUCCGACACAGGUCGCGGUGGAGCUGAACCUCGUUUCAGACCUGCACGGGGUCAGUGUUUGUAACUGGAGCGACUGGAGCGACACCGGUGGUGGGGUUUUUUUCCGAGAUGGCACCACGCUGCUUGGCGACAGCAGAGAAGAGCUGCCCAUCUCCCAUGUGACGGUGGAUAGAUGUGACUUUCAAGGUUUCCGCCGGGGCUUUACGCGCUCCGAAGUCUGCUUUACCCCCGUGUUUGACAUACGUCAUGAUGCCAUGGAUGUGCCGCCCCUCACAGACCCACCGGCUUUUGUGAUUGCAGGCUGCGUCAGUGCAACCCUGAACUGCCGGGAGUUGCACUUGGAAGGCAUCAAGCCGCUUCGGGUGGUAAAUGAGACCCAGGAGGAGUUGCAACCGGACUCAGUAGACCAAGCCUCUGGAGGGCUGCUUUGGGAGGGCGCCCUGGAUUUGGCACGGCACCUCGCGGAAGGCGGCCUCGAGAGGAUGGAGCCGGCCUCCGGCUCUCCCGGCCGAGCGCCGGAGGCCGGGGCGCGUUGCUUGGAGCUCGGGGCCGGGCACGGCUUGCCCGGUUUGGUGGCUCUGCGCCACGGCUACCGCGUGGACUUCCACGACCUCAGUGAAAGCACGCUGCGCCACAUCACUGCCGCCAACUGUGCUGCCAAUGACAUCCAGAUCGGCGGGCCGGAUGAAGCAGGAGUGAUUGCUCACCACUUAGCCUCCGACCUGCGAGCCCAGGCCUACGCCAUGCAUGAUGGAAACCAUUACGCAUAUUAUCAUUAUCAUGACAUGUUAGCAUUUGCAGGAAAGGAUCCUGAUCCGCCUGCUCGUUUCGUUGCCGGUGACUGGAAGGUGCUGAAGAAGAAGGUGGAAGCUGCCGAGCUGCUGUACGAUGUCAUCCUCGCGUCAGAAGCUGUUUACAAGGUGGACUUCUACCCUGAUCUUCUGGCAUUGCUGGAGCACUUGGCUGCCGGCGGCCGAGCCCUGUUUGCCGGGAAGCGCUUCUAUUUCGGAUGUGGACUGGAGAAAUCAUCUGCCAAGGCUUCCUUUGCCACGACCGCCAAGGAUGCUGGCUUCCAUGUCGUGGUAGCCAAAGUCAUCGAAGAUGGCCGCUCCAACAUUCGCGAAAUCCUGCUCAUUUCAAAGCCUCCUCAGAGUGCAGCCUGCAAGCGGCAGAAGGUGGAUGCGGCCGAGCUCUCCCCGAAGAAGGGACGGACCGCCAUGGCCGCCAUGCCCGCCACGAUGGAGAUCGGGGAUCUGCGGCUGUGUAAGUAUGGCAUGAUCAUACGCGAGGCUGCAGAAAAAGCGGUGGUGGCAUUGCAGGGGCUGAAUGGCUGGCGAGACUGCUCUCUCUUUGUGGAGCCCAUUCUGCGGUGCUCCGGACCAGAGCAACGCUGCAAACAGGUGUGCGCGUGGGCAGUGAGUACCACGGCGAUACGGGCUGCCUUUAACGGCUGCGGACGUCAAAACGGACGGCGUGCCAUUUGCGGCAUUGCUGUCAGCAUGACGAGACUCACCGCCGGCCGAUGUGCGGGGCCUGUGGCGCAGGUCGAUGUUCAAAAUUGCGAGGAGGUCACACAACGGCUGGCCGCUCAGCUGGAUGACAUUGCCGUCAACAUGUCGCUUUCCACGAGUUGGGACGGAUGGGAUGGUGCGGCCAGGCCAGCUCCGCUCCUUCUGAUGGAGGAUCCCAGAAUGAUCCGAACUGUCCUGGACUUUUACAUCUGGACCUUUGCUGUGCUGGGUUUCAUUUACCUUCCCUUCCCUCUUCUGAUCGUUCUUUGCCAUCAGUCACUGACCUCCUGCGCUGGCCCCGCAUGGGAUUUAUUGUGUCCCUGGCGCCGGGGAUCAGCCAACAGUGGCCAGAACUACGUGGCUCUCGACCAGAGCUGA